AUGGAGGCGUGCUGCUGCUCGUCCUCGUCGGCGCCGUCGGCGUCCAUCCUCGCCGCCGGCCCCGACCCGGUCCUCCGCCGCCGCUUCUUCGCGCCGGCGUCGGCACCGGGCGGGAGGGCGCCGUCGCGCCCGCUGCGCGCGUUCGCGGUCGCGCUGGCCGCGUCCCUGGUGCCGCGGCGGGGGCAGCAGCAGCGGCGGCGCGGGGCGGGCGUCGUCCGGGCGGUGUUCGAGCGGUUCACGGAGCGGGCGGUGAAGGCGGUGGUCUUCUCGCAGCGGGAGGCGCGCGGGAUGGGGGACGAGGCCGUCGCGCCGCACCACCUGCUGCUGGGCCUCGUCGCCGAGGAUCGCUCCCCCGCGGGGUUCCUCGGGUCGGGGAUCCGCGUCGAGCGCGCGCGCGAGGCGUGCCGCGACGCGCUGGGCAAGCCCGGGCCCGCGCAGGCCGCCACGGGGCUGGCAACGGACGUGCCGUUCUCGGCCGCCAGCAAGCGCGUCUUCGAGGCCGCGGUCGAGUUCUCCAGGAACAUGGCCUGCAACUUCAUCUCGCCGGAGCACAUUGCGCUCGGACUCUUCAACCUGGGCGAUCCCACCACCAACAGCGUCCUCAAGAGCUUAGGAGCAGAUCCAAGUCAGCUAACCAAGCAGGCAUUUGGCCGGGUCCAAGGGGAACUUGCCAAAGAUGGCAGGGAGCCUGUUGGGCUAUCUUCUUUCAAGUUACGUGAAAAAUCUGCCGCAGGAGCUGGCAAGACUGCAAUUGUCAAAUAUUCAAAUAAAAAGAAAGAGAAGAGUGCACUAGCUCAGUUUUGUGUGGAUUUGACCAUGCGAGCAAGUGGAGGAUUAAUUGAUCCUGUUAUUGGUCGCAAGGAGGAGAUCGAAAGAGUAGUUCAGAUUAUAUGCCGGAGAACAAAGAACAAUCCAAUUCUUUUGGGUGAAGCGGGUGUUGGUAAAACAGCGAUUGCUGAGGGUUUGGCUCUUAAAAUUGCUAAUGGAGAUGUCCCUAUUUUCCUUGUGGGAAAGCGUAUAUUAUCACUGGAUGUUGCUCUACUUAUGGCUGGUGCAAAAGAGAGGGGCGAACUGGAAGCCAGGAUUACUAGUUUACUACGUGAAGUGCGCAAAGCAGGUGAUGUUAUGCUCUUUAUCGAUGAGGUUCAUACUCUUAUUGGAUCUGGUAUUGCUGGAAGAGGAAGCAAGGGAGCUGGCCUUGAUAUUGCCAAUUUGCUGAAGCCUGCACUUGCUAGAGGUGAAUUGCAGUGCAUUGCAUCUACAACUCUGGAUGAACAUCGGUUGCAUUUUGAGAAGGAUAAGGCUCUAGCCCGCAGAUUCCAGCCAGUAUUUGUGAAUGAGCCUAGUCAGGAGGAUGCUGUGAAGAUAUUACUUGGUCUGCGUGAUAAAUAUGAAACGUAUCACAAAUGCAAAUACACUUUAGAAGGAAUCAAUGCAGCAGUUUACUUGUCAGCAAGAUACAUCCCUGACAGACAUCUUCCUGAUAAAGCUAUUGAUCUGAUUGAUGAAGCUGGUAGUAGAGCCCGAAUGGAGUCAUUUAAAAAGAAGAAGGAAGAACAGUGCUCUAUUCUCUCCAAGUCCCCAGAUGAAUACUGGCAGGAGAUUAGAGCUGUCCAGAGCAUGCAUGAAGUGGCACUGACUAACAGGUUGAAGUAUUCUCUAGAUGAGAAUGACACAGAUGACAAUGUUAAUACUGAAGUAAUAGAUGAGGACAAGAUUGCUUCACCAUUGACGCCUCCAACUUCAGUUGAUGAACCGAUUCUGGUUGAUUCGGAGGAAAUUGCAAGAGUCACAUCAUUAUGGUCAGGGAUACCGGUCCAGAAGUUGACUGCAGAUGAAACAAAACUUCUAGUGGGCCUAGAUGAUGAGCUUAGAAAGCGUGUCAUAGGUCAAGAUGAUGCUGUUGUGGCAAUAUCUAAAGCUGUGAAGAGGUCACGUGUUGGCCUUAAUGAUCCUGACAGGCCUAUUGCUACACUUCUAUUCUGUGGGCCAACCGGAGUCGGAAAAACCGAACUCACCAAAGCACUAGCAGCAAGUUAUUUUGGAUCUGAGUCAGCUAUGGUUAGGUUGGAUAUGAGCGAGUAUAUGGAGAGGCAUACUGUGAGCAAGCUGAUAGGUUCUCCUCCAGGGUACAUGGGAUUUGGUGAAGGGGGUACUUUGACUGAAGCGGUUCGGAGAAAACCAUUCACUGUAGUAUUGCUUGAUGAAAUAGAGAAAGCUCAUCCAGAUAUUUUCAACAUUCUUCUCCAAGUAUUUGAGGAUGGACACCUGACCGAUUCACAAGGGCGUAGAGUUUCCUUCAAGAACACAUUGAUUGUCAUGACGUCAAAUGUUGGUUCUGCAUCAAUCUCGAGUGGAAGGAGGAGUAUAGGUUUCUCAACACAAAAAGAUACAGAGGAUACCACAUAUGCUUCGAUGAAAUCCCUCGUGAUGGAGGAGUUGAAGGCAUUUUUCCGGCCUGAAUUGCUCAAUAGAAUGGAUGAAGUGGUUGUGUUCCGUCCUCUUGAGAAAACUCAGAUGAUGGCUAUUCUCAAUAUAAUUCUGCAAGAAGUCAAGAGUAGGCUUCUAGCUCUUGGGAUUGGCCUAGAGAUAUCUGAUUCAAUGAAGAAUCUGAUUUCUCAGCAAGGAUAUGACAGAAGCUAUGGUGCACGGCCGCUGAGGAGGGCCGUCACCCAGCUAGUUGAGGAUGCGAUCAGUGAAGCAAUCCUCUUUGGACAGUUCAAGCCUGGUGACACGAUAUUGAUGGACACUGACGCCACAGGAAAACCUUGCUUGAGCCGGUUGAAUGAUCAGACCGUCCAAUUGUCUGACCCUGCAACAACGCUGUGAACUUCACCAUCGUGUUGUAUACUAGUGGCGUACCCAUUAAUUCUUUCACAAAGUGGUAUGCCUCUUGAUUCUUCCGUACAUAGGAUCCACAGCUCUGUGUGUACAUAACCUUAAGAGUUGCUGGAAUCUCUCCUUGCAUGUAAUGUAAAUCUAAAUCUUAACCCAAUUGUACAUAAUUUCACCAUAGAAGGCAUACAUUGUUUAUGUUGGCUAGCAGGCCAGGUAGUCAGCAUUGCAUUUCAAUGUUGGUCAUCUCGAUGUUUUCCCCCGGUGCCGCCAGCCGUCUAUGUCCGUACAUUGAUUGGAGCGGCGUGUAAACUGACUGUACUAGCAUGCAAUACAGAAUCCAACUGA